AUGAAGGACUGCUCAGACAUCAUCCUCUGCGUGGAGGCGACAGAGCUGAGCAAGACUGAAUUCUGCAAUCCUGCUUUUGAGCCUGAAUCAGGGCCACCUUGCCCCCUACCCAGCCACCAGGAGGACGCCAGCUGCAGCUCCCGAGCUCCCUGGCAUGGUCGGCGUCCCCGAGGGCUGCAGCCUGACUGCCCCUUCUCCUGGCUGUGUGUCCUCCUGCUGGCCGGCCUGCUGCUGCUCCUUGGGCUGCUGGUGGCCAUCAUCCUGGCCCAAUGGCAGGCUACACCUGCGUCCGGGGCCUCCCAUCAUCCACUGCCUUCCCAAGGCCUCACCACCAUUGGCUCCACCCCCACUCCCACCCCCACCACCUCUCAGGCAACUGGGUCCCCUAAAGGGCAACCGGAGGCAGGCAUGAGCCCCGCACCCCAGUCGACCUGUGGGGGCCUCCUUCCUGGCCCAAGGGGCUUCUUCAGCAGCCCCGACUACCCAGACCCUUACCCACCCAACGCCCACUGCGUGUGGCAUAUCCAAGUGGCCACAGACCAUGCAAUACAGCUCAAGAUCGAAGCUCUCAGCGUGGAGAGUGUGGCCUCCUGUCUUUUUGAUCGCUUGGAAAUCUCCCCCGAGCCUGAAGGCCCCCUCCUCAGAGUGUGUGGGAGGGUGCCUCCCCCCACACUCAACACCAAUGCCAGCCACCUGCGCGUGGCCUUCGUCUCUGACAGCAGCGUGGAAGGAUCUGGCUUCCAUGCCUGGUACCAGGCCGUGGCCCCCGGUCAUGGGAGCUGUGCCCACGAUGAAUUCGCCUGCGACCAGCUCGUCUGCCUGCUACCUGACUCGGUGUGUGACGGCUUUGCCAGUUGCGCUGACGGCAGUGAUGAGGCCAACUGCAGCGCCAAGUUCUCGGGGUGUGGGGGGAACCUGACUGGGCUCCAGGGCACUUUCUCUGCUCCCAGCUACCUGCAGCAGUACCCUCACCAACAGCUUUGCACCUGGCACAUCUCGGUGCCCGCUGGACAUGGCAUUGAACUGCUGUUCCACAACUUCAGCCUGGAAGCUCAGGACGAGUGCAAGUUUGACUACGUGGAAGUGUAUGAGACCCGCAACUCAGGGGCCCUCAGCCUCCUGGGCAGGUUCUGUGGAGCAGAGCCGCCCCCGCGCCUCAUCUCCUCGCACCACCAGCUGGCUGUGCUCUUUAGGACAGACCAUGGCAUCAGCACCGGGGGCUUCUCGGCCACCUACCGGGCCCUCAAUGCCACAGAGAACCCCUGUGGGACCGGAGAGUUCUCCUGCCGGGAUGGAGGGUGUAAGCAUCUGCAGUGGAUGUGUGGCAUGUGGAGAGACUGCGCAGAGAGCCGCAAUGACAACUGCAGCAUCCCCUUGCUCCCACCCCCAGAGCUGGCCUGUGAGCCUGUCCAGGUGGAGAUGUGCAUCGGUCUGGGCUACAACACCACGGCCUUCCCUAACAUCUGGGUGGGCAUGGCCACCCAGGAGGAGGUAGUGGAGGUCCUCAGAGGUUACAAGAGUCUGACAAGCCUGCCCUGCUACCAGAAUUUCCGGAGGCUCCUUUGUGGGCUACUUGUGCCCCACUGCACCCCGCUAGGCAGUGUCCUUCCCCCUUGCCGUUCUGUCUGCCAGGAGGCAGAGCGCCAGUGCCAGUCUGGCCUGGCACUACUGGGCACCCCCUGGCCCUUUAACUGCAACAGGCUGCCUGAGGCAGCUGGCCUGGAGGCUUGUGCCCAGCCCUGACCCUGAGGCGGGCCCCUGCCCUCUGCUGCCCAUCCUCCUUUGCCUAUCAGGGUGGGCAGGCAGGGGAGCAAAGGAAGGGGGCCAGCAUGGGACUCUGCCCAUCCCCUCUGGGUCCUCCCAGGGAGGAGAAGAGGAGUCCUCGGCGGGGCUAACGGGACCCUCCCACCCUGCCAGAUCCUUCCCUACCCUUUUAUUUGCCCCAGCUGCUGCAAACAGCUGGCCUGACUCCACACUGUACCAGUGAUAAUCUAGAUUGCUUCCCACCCAAGCCUCUGACCCCAAUUUCCUACCUUCUACCUUUCUCAUCUCCAUCUACUUUUUCAGGCUCUCUACCACCCGCUUUCUGACUUUUUCAUUUAUUCAAAAAAAAAAAUGUAUCCAGUGCCUAGUCAUGUGGCAGGCCCUAUUCUGAGCCCUGGGGAUCCAGUUGUCUACUGCUUCUAGAACCCUC